AUGCCUAGAAGAAAAGGCAAAUCUGCUUCCCAAAGUUCCCCUGAAAAGAAUGCAGAAAUUAAGAGCCCUGUCAAAGACUCUGUCAAGAAGAAGAGUACUUCUGCUGGUCCUAUCAAGAGCAGAGCUGUGGCUAGGAGUGUAGGGGUUGGUCCCUCAAAUUCCUGGAGCAAGGUUGUUCCAAAGAAAAGAAAGGAGAGGGAAAUUGUUGAAUUUGAGUCUGAUGAUGAAGUGGAUGUCCCUGACAUUCCAUCAAGGAAGAAGCCUACAACCAGCAAGCUUGCUGCAAGUAUUCCUGAAGUCCCUAUUGAUAAUGUUUCACUCCAUUAUGCCUCUAGUGCCAGCAGGUGGAAAUAUGUGCUCCAAAAGAGACUAGCGGUUGAAAGGGAAUUGGCUCCAAAUGCUCUUGAAAACAAGGAAAUAUUCGAGUUAAUUCAGGAAGCUGGACUAUUGAAGACUAUUUACAACCAUCCCAAAUGUUACGAAAGGCUAGUCAAAGAAUUUGUGGUGAACCUAUCUGAAGAUUGUGGAAACAGCAGGAGUGUGGACUUCAGAAAGGUGUUUGUGAGAGGUAAGUGUGUAUCAUUCUCUCCUUCUGUGAUUAAUAACUUCUUGGAAAGAACAGAUGGAGCUCAACCUGAGCUUGAAGUGACAGACAACAAGAUAGAAGCAGCUAAAUGGGUGCCAACAAAUCACAAAUCCACUAUCUCAGUUGUUCUUGGCAGAUUUCUGUAUGUUGUAGGAACAAAGGCAAAUUUUGACUAUGGAACAUAUAUCUUUGACCAAACUAUGAAGCAUGCUGGAAGCUUCAGUAUUAAGGGUCCGAUUGCCUUUCCAUCCCUCCUGUGUGGCAUAAUUCUGAAUCAGUAUCCCAACAUUCUCAAUGAACAUGAUACAGUAUGCAAAAGAGAAAGCCCCUUGGCUUUCCACUAUAAACUAUUUCAGGGUACGCAUGUUCCAGACAUUGUCAUGACGUCGGCUGAAACAUCCAAGUCUAGAGCAUCAGCCAGCAAAGCAUAG